UUGUUAUUUAUUCUGACCCGUUUAAAAGAUUUGGGAAGUCUGAAGUCUCCGCUCUUCGGCUCCAUGUUUCUUUAGGGCUUAGGUUUUUUCCCAUUCUCUUUCUGAAAUCAAAUUUCUGAUUCUUGGAUUGGGAAUUUCUGAUGGCCUCCCUCUUUAAGGAUCCGAACAAGCUCUCAGCGUACAGAGAUAGAAGGUUUCCCGGGACGCAGGAAGAAUUUGAGGAGGCGUUACAACUCUCGACCACUGUUUAUGUGGGCAACAUGUCAUUUUAUACGACGGAAGAGCAAGUUUACGAGCUGUUUUCUCGAGCGGGAGAGCUUAAAAAGAUAAUCAUGGGUUUGGAUAAAAACACAAAAACUCCUUGUGGCUUCUGCUUUGUAAUGUACUACUCCAGAGAAGAUGCUGAAGAUUCUGUCAAAUAUAUCAGUGGGACAAUUCUCGACGAUCGUCCAAUUCGUGUUGAUUUUGAUUGGGGUUUUCAAGAAGGCCGACAAUGGGGUCGCGGUCGAAGCGGCGGGCAGGUUCGGGAUGAAUAUCGUACGGAUUAUGACCCAGGUAGAGGUGGUUAUGGUAAAUUAGUCCAGAAAGAGUUGGAAGCACAGAGACAGCUAGUGGAUUAUGGUGCUGGAUCAUUAGGCUCAUUUGCACCUGUUAUGGCACCAAACUAUGGUAGACACGGUGGAAACUAUGGUCAUGGGGGCUCUCACAGGCAUGGCAGAGAAUACCCUCGUAAACGUCACAGAGAAGAUGACCGCAGGGGACCAGAGUUCUCGAGGAGAAAGUCAGACUAUGUAUAUCGGAGAAAUCCAGAUCUUGAAUCGAGACCUGAGAAAAAUCCACGGUUCCGAGAGAGUGGUGAUUCUGAUGAGGAGGAUGAUGAUGAUCAUAAGCGGCAUUCUUAGGCAAUUUACGAUUUAUAUUUUGCAAGUUCAGUAAGCUCUGUGCUUUGUUUCAAAAGGUGUUACCACACCGUGUGUAGAGAGCAUCAAUAGUUAACUUUUCUGUAAUAUUUGCCUUGUCAACGUCAUGUUUCUGAGAAAUAUCGAAAGGGUUGAGCUAACUGCUAGUCGUUAGUCCUGGAGCACUUUCUUCCCAUUCGAUUUCCAUUUGGUUGUAGCUAUACCAUAAUUAUCAUUCAUCUUAAUAAUUUUCUCUUUGGUCCAGA